UUCUAGAAGAUGACCAUAGAGGAUCUCCCAGAACCUUCCUUAGAAGGAGUUUCCCUCAUAGAAAGAGAACGGUUCUUAUUCCCAAGCUCUGAAACAUCUGUUACCUUUGCUGUUGCUGCAGCACCAAUGCCUUUAGAUUGUGAGUUUUCUUUCUUUGACCCCAAUGAUGCCGCAUGCCAAGAAAUACUUUUCAACCCGAAAACAUCAGUGUCUGAAUUGUUUGCAAUCUUAAGGCAGUGGGUUCCACAGGUCCAGCAGAAUAUUGAUGUUAUUGGGAAUGAGAUCAUUAAAAGGGGUUGCAAUGUGAAUGACAGAGAUGGGCUGACUGAUAUGACUCUCUUGCAUUACACUUGCAAAUCAGGGGCUCAUGGAAUUGGUGAUGUAGAAACUGCUGUCAAAUUCGCGACACAGCUGCUCGAGCUGGGUGCGGAUAGCAGUUUGCGCAGCCGCUGGACGAACAUGAAUGCCUUGCAUUAUGCUGCCUACUUUGAUGUUCCAGAGCUUAUCAGUUUGAUUUUGAAAAAUGCAAAGCCAAAAGAUGUGGAUGCCACCUGUAGUGAUUUUGAUUUUGGAACAGCUUUGCAUAUUGCUGCAUUUAACCUAUGUACAGGAGCUGUCAAGUGUUUGCUGGAACAUGGAGCAAAUCCUGCCUUUAGGAAUGAUAAAGGGCAGAUUCCAGCAGAUGUGGUCCCUGACCCAGUAGAUAUGCCCCUGGAAAUGGCAGAUGCAGCAGCCAGUGCAAAAGAAAUCAAGCAGAUCCUGCUGGAUGCGGUGCCUCUCUCGUGUGACAUCUCAAAAGCCAUCAUUCCAAACUACGAUCACGUCACCGGCAAGGCCAUGCUUUUAUCGCUGGGCCUGAAGCUGGGAGAUCGCGUCGUUAUUGCAGGACAGAAGGUUGGUACAUUAAGGUUUUGUGGCACAACAGAAUUUGCCAGUGGCCAGUGGGCUGGCAUAGAGCUGGAUCACCCAGAAGGAAAGAACAAUGGAAGUGUUGGAAGGGUCCAGUACUUCAAGUGUGCACCGAAACGGGGUAUCUUUGCACCUCUUUCUAAAAUCAGCAAGGCUUCAGAUCACAAGAGAGGCUCCGUACGAAGCUCUUCCAUGCGCUCUUCACCUUUGGUCAAAGCUAAGAAAAUAGAUGUGACUCACAUAACUUCCAAAGUGAACUCUGGCCUAAAUAUGGCAAAAAAAGACAGUGCUGCUGAAACCAACUUUAUAACUCCCAGCAGAGGAAAAACUGUACCAGCAAAAGAGGGCUUUCCUGGGUACAGCAGCUCUUCCUCUUCCACUACCUCCUUGGAAGGCAAGCAGAACUACUCCAAGAAGCGGAAUCUGACUAGCAGCAAUAAGAAGCCAGUGGCUAGACUGUCCUCUGCCUCAUCUAAAAUCAGUGCUGGGCUGCACAGCUAUUCUCCAGCUACAAGGAAGAAGCCUUUUGACGAAGGAGAAAUCCAGAUUGGAGACAGAGUGCUGGUGGUAGGACAGAGGACAGGCACCGUCAGAUUUUGUGGGAUGACAAAAUUUGCCCCAGGAUUCUGGUGUGGAAUUGAAUUGGACAAGCCUCAUGGGAAGAACGACGGUUCUGUGGGAGGUGUUCAGUACUUCAGUUGUCUGCCCAGAUACGGCAUAUUUGCUCCACCCUCUCGUGUACAAAGGCUAGCAGGCUCCCUGGAUUCUCUCACAGAGACUUCUUCGAGUAAACUAAGCCACACUUUCCCAGGCUUCCGGCGCAGCCUGAGCACCACUUCUGCCUCCUCACAGAAGGAGAUGAACAGAAGAAACUCCUUUGUCAGGUCCAAGAGCUCAGUGCUGCGGCGCAGCUGGAGCAGCAGUGCUACAGCUCCUGGUGAGGGCCCAGUGAAGCUGCACGAAGGCUCUCAGGUUCUCCUCACCAGCUCCAACGAGCUGGGGACCAUCAGGUACAUUGGUCCCACAGACUUUGCCCCGGGGGUCUGGCUGGGGCUGGAGCUGCGCAGCGCCAAGGGCCGGAACGACGGCGCUGUGGGGGAGAAGAGAUACUUCACCUGCAGGCUCAACCACGGCGUCCUGGUGCGCCCCAGCAGGGUCACCUACCGUGGCAUCAACGGGGCGAAGCUGGUAGACGACAUCUGCUGAGCAGCCAGGAUGUGCUCAGCAGCAGGAAAGAUUUUAGCUUGGCUCUCUUAAAGCACAGGAGAACCUCCCCCCAUCUAGGAUGGGAGGUGAUUUUGACAUGAUGAAAUGUGCUGCUUGUUGCAUUUCCAUCUGUCUGUGUGUGUAUGUAUGUACAGAAAUGAUAUAUUUUAAUACAUAGAGCUAUAAAAACAGAUUUUAAAGUUCAGUUGCAUUAAGAAGGAAAACCACUGCUGUGCUGCUUGGAUUGGAACAGACUUUACCUGGGAAGGUUGCUGUCACAACCUCUUGGGGCCGAGAUGCUGCAUCAGCUGAACAAGGCUGUCGGCAGAGAAGGGGAGGUGUCUCCAACCUUCUCUUAAAGUUGCUCUGUGAGUCAUGCAGUAUUGAAAAGGUUUUUCCUCCACCCAGUAAUGAACUGAUAAUGCUUUGCACUUUGCCUGCUUCUGGCAGAGGAGGUGGUUCAGGAGUGCCAUUAGUCUGGUUACCAGGCACUUUGUCAAUUCCUCUACCAACUACUAGCAAUAAGCAAGCCAAACAAACCCAACCCCAAACCAAGCCCAAGCUUUUCC